UAAAUCUGGACCCAAGCAGGACGAUGCGCGCGUGACCGAAUUUGACGAGAUAAUUGGGAAUAGAGGACGUUAAGCAUAGGACUAAUACAGUAAAUACAAUUAUUGUCCUAACGUUUUUCACAUUAAUGUCAGGGUAAAAUAUGAAAAAAUAGCCUGGGAAAGAAUUGGAAAGGUGCAAGCUACCAUGGAAGGGGAUUGCGGUUUGCAAAGCGUACCGGCACUGCACAUCUAGAUCACCAUUCCGCUAGACGAUGAGAUGAAUUACUUGGGUUUUAUAUUGGGUUGAAGCAUUGUUUUGCAGACUAAUUUAGCAUCUCGAUGGACUGUAAACAGUAUUGCAAAUUGUAUGCAUUUCAACGGAGUUAAUUCCGAGUACGCAACAAGGCCAUUCAUUUAUAUAAAUUGUAUUUCUUAACCCAUCUCUGGAUCUGCGCACAGUUGAAGGAUAAAAUAUCAACUAAAAGUGCGACUAUUUGUUGUUUUUGUCGUUGUCCUCUCGCUAAUGUGUUUACGUGUUUCAUCUGAUGGAUUAGUUUAACGACACUUCUUGUCGACUGUAGCCUAAGUAGCUCGAAGGGAACUGUAGCCUUCGCCAAUAUUUUGGGGGAGAUUCAUCGGACUUGCAAUACAGCCAUAUCAUGUAUGCUGGACGUAAAAGGAGAAAACCAGUCCAGAGAGCCGUAAAACCGCCACAAUCAGAAGGGGCCAAGUCGAACCCCUCGAAGCGCCACCGGGACCGUCUGAAUGGAGAGCUGGACAGGCUGGCCAGCCUCCUGCCCUUCCCUGAGGAGGUCACCACCAGCCUGGACAAACUCUCCAUCCUCCGCCUUAGUGUCAGCUACCUCCGGGCCAAGAACUUCUUCACUGUUGCCCUGAAGAACUGUACUUGCAAUGAUGGUAGCGCUGACAACAGCAAAGCCACAGGAUUGGAGGACAGUUGGCUGCCUGAAGGAGAACUCUUGCUGCAGGCUCUGAACGGCUUCGUCCUGGUGGUCACGAAUGAUGGGACCAUUUUCUACUCCUCUCACACCAUCCAGGAUUACCUGGGCUUCCACCAGACUGAUAUUAUGCAUCAGAGUGUGUAUGAGUUGGUCCACACUGAGGACCAGCAGGAGCUGAGGAGGAACCUCCACUGGGCCCUCAGCCCACCUGCCAUCGUGGACCCACUGGGAGAGUCCUCCUCGGGUGACUUCCUACCUCCAUAUGUGGAGCCGGAGAGUAGCACCACUGUGACCUAUAACCCUGAGCAGCUCCCACCAGAGAACUCCUCCUUCCUGGAGAGGAACUUUGUGUGUCGCUUCCGCUGCCUCCUGGACAACUCCUCUGGCUUCCUGGCCCUGAGUCUGCAGGGCAGGCUGAAGUUCCUGCGUGGUCAGAACCAGCGGCAGGAAAACAGGGUCAAGGCGCCGCCCCAGCUGGCCCUGUUUGCCAUCGCUACGCCCCUCCAGCCCCCCUCCAUCCUGGAGAUCAGGACCAAGAACAUGAUCUUCAGAACCAAACACAAACUGGACUUCACCCCCAUGGCCUGCGACGCCAAGGGGAAAAUUGUGCUUGGGUAUACUGAAGCUGAACUUCGGGUGCGAGGCUCUGGGUAUCAGUUUAUCCAUGCGGCGGAUAUGUUGUACUGCGCUGAGAACCAUGUCCGAAUGAUGAAGACAGGGGAGAGCGGUUUGACAGUGUUCAGGCUCCUCACCAAGGACAACCUCUGGAAGUGGGUCCAGGCCAACGCCAGGCUGGUGUACAAGAAGGGCAAACCAGACUACAUCAUCGCCACACAGAGGCCUCUGAUGGAGGAGGAAGGAGGCGAACACCUACGUAAACGUUCCAUGCAUCUCCCCUUUACCUUUGCCACGGGAGAGGCCCUGCUCUAUCAGUCCAACCAUCCAAUUGGACGCUUCAACCACAGCACCCAGGGCUCCGAGAAGAACGGCGACAAAUCCAAGAAGGGACGGAUUGACAGGGUGUCCAGGGAUGGCCUGGACCCGGGCUCCCUCUUGGGGGCGCUGAUGAGUCAGGAUGAGUCUGUAUAUGUCUGCCAGCCGGCCUUGGAGCCCCAGCUGUCCUUCCACAGCAGUCUGUUCGGAGACCGGGUCGGCUUCUCUGACUCCGACCCCACCGCCCUGCUCCAGGGCUGGGAUGAGUCGUCCAACGGAGUGGUGGGUCCGAGGCUUCCAGAGCCGGCGUGGAGCUUCGACCCUAUGCUGGCGACUCUGGAUUCCCUGUCCCCGGAGGUUCUGGGGGGUGGGGUUGACCGGGAUGGGGAUGGAGGCAAUGGGGAGAACUGUUCCAACGGGGAACUGUUUGGGGCUUUGGAGGGCCUGGGGCUGAGCGCUGAGGACCUGGAGCUGCUGCUGCUGGACGAGAGGAUGAUCCGGGUGGAGAUGGACCCUGAGCGGGUUCCCACCCUGGAUGACCUGCUGACCAAUGAUGAAAUCCUGUCCUACAUCCACGACUCCCUGGAGGCAAAGACAGACGGGGCAGAGGACGGGGACCGGGUAUCCUCCACUAUCCCAGGAACAAAUGCCCCAAAAACCACCACAAAAACAACAAAGGCUCCUGUUGAAAGUUAUCCCACUUCUGCCACCAAUGUGUACUCUCAGUACGUUCCCCAUAAGGCUCCCAUAGUUCAGCUCUCCCAGAAGAUGCAGAAGCCCCUCAGCAUGCGGCCAGGGAGGGCGGUCCAAGACUGGGCCCAGCAUAGCAACCACUUACCCCAUCCAGUGGUGAAUGGACUGCAGGGGCAGGGUCAGCAAAUACACAACGGACAAUGGACAUCCCAGCACAUUCUAGCCAGUACAGUGGUCCCGGUUGACGACUGUCACAACCCCCAGACUUUGUUAAAUGGAAAGGCGUCAGAGCCGGAUGGCGACCAUCACUGGCGGCAAGCCCACCAACGUCAACACUACCUCCAGCAGCAGCAGGCCAGGGUCCAGAGACAGCUCCCUCACAGCCAUGCCAAACAUCCAGGCGCUAAUCUCAACGGAGUAUGUGGCAUUCCAAACACACACACAAAGCAUCGCCCAGCUGGCAAACAGCAAUGGCAGGACUAUAGCUACUGCCCCCCUGGAGAAACCACCCUGAACAGCAACCCCCCUGGAGAAACCACCCUGAACAGCAAUCCCUCUGGGGAAACCACCCUGAACAGCAACCACCCUGGGGAAACCACCCUGAACAGCAACCCCCUUGGGGAAACCACCCUGAACAGCAACCCCUCUGGGGAAACCACCCUGAACAGCAACCCCUCUGGUGAAACCACCCUGAACAGCAACCCCUCUGGGGAAACCACCCUGAACAGCAACCACCCUGGAGAAACCACCCUGAACAGCAACCCCUCUGGGGAAACCACCCUGAACAGCAACCCCUCUGGUGAAACCACCCUGAACAGCAACCCCUCUGGGGAAACCACCCUGAACAGCAACCACCCUGGGGAAACCACCCUGAACAGCAACCCCUCUGGGGAAACCACCCUGAACAGCAACCCCUCUGGGGAAACCACCCUGAACAGUAACCACCCUGGAGAAACCACCCUGAACAGCAACCCCUCUGGGGAAACCACCCUGAACAGCAACCCCUCUGGGGAAACCACCCUGAACAGCAACCCCUCUGGGGAAACCAACUUGAACAGCAACCCCCCUGGGGAAACCACCUUGAACAGCAACCACCCUGGGGAAACCACCCUGAACAACAAGUCCUCUGGGGAAACCACCCUGAACAGCAAGUCCUCUGGGGAAACCACCCUGAACAGCAACCCCUGCCUUAACAAUGGCCAGGUACCUCUCCUCACACACACCACCGUAGACGCUUGUAUGAAUUACACUAUGGCUGAUGUUCCCGGCAUGGAUUAUACCAUCACCGGAUGUACAUAUGGGGGGAACGGGCAGCACUAUGCGACCGGGGCUGCCGUUUCGUCCUACCAGAGGAUGAACCACAAGCAGCAGCAGCAGGAGAAGCUGCCCCCUCUCUUGGCUCAGGUGCAGUGCCCUCCUCCCUCUGCUACAGUAGAGCAGAUCCUUGUGGUUGGACACUCUUCACUGGAGGACAAUGGCAUGGUGACCUCUGACAUCCCUCACCAACCCAACCACAGUAAGAUGGAAAAUGGCUGCAUUCUUAACGGGACCUACUCAGGAGGCUGUGUUCUGCCUCAUAGGAGUAGUGCCCUCUAACGGCCAGCUCCCCUGCCCUGACACUCUCCAGCCUCCCAGACCUCAGGCUUUUACCUCUGACUGGGGACCUCCAGGGGACACUAACUGACUGGAGGCUCCCAGCCACCCACCCUACCACUGGACCAGCUUGUUACUCUAGUUGACAACAUGGAAACAAAAGCAACACUUAGGCCUAAAUAUUUUUGGUACUUUUGUUUGGUUGGGUUUGAUGUUUCAUAAUAACAUAAUUAUCAUUUGAGUCCUUUGUUUACAGUAUGACGUCGGAGCGAUAAAGUUGAGUUUUAUUCUGUUUUUGAAAGAACUCAGAAGAAAAUAAGAGUCUUAGAAGCAUUGUUUCUGUGUUUUUUUAUGUAAAAAUAUAUAUAUUUUUAGUCCUGGUGGAAGUAUAACAUAGUCAUUGGUAGUCAUGGAGACACCACCUAACCCUGCAUGUAUAGAUGCUUAUGGCACCAUCAUCUUUAUGAUUUGUUGUGACACACAGGAAUGGAACCUUCAAUGCAAAGUCCAGUGCUCAUGAGUUUCCUCUAUUGGGUAACAUUAAUGACUUGUUUCAGAAUAUUAGAUUAAGUAAUGUAAAGCUUUGAAGAAGGAAAAACCGGUUUAGAAUAUCCUGCACUUUAUUUCAAGCACCCAGUGAUGCAGAUACGGUAGUCGGUCAGGGAAACUAGGAUUAUUUAGGUCCCCAAAAAAUGAUACAGAGAUGGACCUUCUUUUACAUUUUAAUAUUUGAGGUUGGGAAAUCUGUAACAAUUGUUGUCUUUUUGUUCUAUUUUUGUGGUAUUAUAUUUCAGGUUGAUGUCCUCACACUUCUGUACAAUUGUCAUAUUUUUGUUCACUUGAAUUAUCAUCUUGUUGUUGUCGUUGACAUCUUGUACCUCUGUGAGAGUGUUUGUCCAAUACUAAGGUCAACUGUGACUCAUCUAGCUGAAGGCUGCUUUGAAUUCAGUAUUUAUUCAUUUGUGAUUCAAGUCCUCUAACAUACAUUACAAGAUACCAUCUUGGUGAGAUGGGAAGUACUGUAUAUCGUCAGAUUCGAAACGUUGCCAGCAACUAUUCCAGUCUUAUGAUGUUGAUCUAAUGACAGUUUACUGACAAAUCUGAAAACCAAACGAGUUUUAUAACGGUUUCUUCUGGAAGGAUACCAUGUUGAAUGUAAAUACUACAUGAUUAGGCAGUAAUGCUAAAUAUAAUUAUUUCAUCAUGGAGAUGCUGAAAAGAGAUUUCCUUGUAGUUACAAUAAUUAUCAUCAUUAUUAUUGUUGUUAUUACCAUUAUUGUCAUUUAUUGUGUUUUAAGUUGAAAUGUGAUACAAGUGGUUUCAGAAUCAACUUGGUUUCUUUCCCCAUUCUUUUUUUACUAUGAAAAUGUUGGAUAUAUUUAAUAUGAUUGAUGUGGCCUAUUAACAAUAUGAUUUAAAAAAGUGUAAACAAUGGUUUUGAGAAAUACAGGUAUGUAAAUAAGUCCUGCGUCAUUUCACUUGUUUUAAAACACACUGCUGCUUAUCAAACUCUUGUGUUGACUCCAUUUGCAUUGUACAGUGCAUUCAGAAAGUAUUCAGACCCCUUGACUUUUUCCACAUUUUGUUAAAUUACAGCCUUAUUGUAAAAUGGAUUACAUAAUUUCCCCCCCCUCAUCUAUCUACACAUAAUACCCCAUAAUGACAAAGUGAAAAUGUUUGCAAAAAAAACAAACCUUAUUUACAUAAGUAUUCAGACCCUUUGCUAUGAGACUCGAAAUUGAGCUCAGGUACAUCCUGUUUCCAUUGGUCAUCCUUGAGAUGUUUCUACAACUUGAUUGGAGUCCACCUGAUGUAAAUUCAAUUGAACAUGAUUUGGAAAUGCACACACCUGUCUAUAUAAAGGUCCCACAGUUGACUGUGCAUGUCAGAGCAAAAACCAGGCCAUGAGGUCUAAGGAAUUGUCUGUAGAGCUCAGAGAAAGGAUUGUGUCGAGGCACAUUUAUGCAGCAUUGCAGGUCCCCAAGAACACAUUCUUAAAUGGAUGAUGAGUGUGCAAAUCUAUCAUCAGGCAAAGGGUGGCUACUUUGGAGAAUCUCAAAUAUAAAAUAUAUUUUGAUUUGUUCAAUACUUUUUUUGAUUACUACAUGAUUCCAUAUGUGUUAUUUCAUAGUUUUGUUGUCUUCACUAUUAUUCUACAAGGUAGAAAAUAGUAAACAUAAUGUAACGGUCGUCAUAGUCGUUCUCCUCAGACGAGGAGGAGCAUGGAUCGGACAAACACGCAGAGUGGGUAGUUUUCAUGAUAAUUUAUUAAAACGAAACUGAACACGAAACAAAAUAACAAAAAUGAAUACAACCGACAACAGUCCCGUGUGGCACGAAAACAAACACCCACAACACACACGUGAAACCCAGGCUGCCUAAGUAUGAUUCUCAAUCAGGGACAACGAUUGACAGCUGCCUCUGAUUGAGAAUCAUACCCGGCCAAACACAAACAUCCCAACAUCGAAAAUCACACAUAGACAAACCCACCCAACUCACGCCCUGACCAUACUAAAUAAAUACAAGACAAAAGAAAACAUGUCUGGAACGUGACACAUAAAGAAAAACCCUGGAAUGAUUAGGUGUGUCCAAACUUUUGACUGGUACUGUGUGUAAAGGUGAUUACUGUAAAGGUUUUUACUGUGUCAUUAUGAGGUAUUGUGUGAAGAUUGAUGAGUAAAAAUUAAAUUUUCAUCAAUUUUCGAAUAAGGCUGGUAUGUGGGAAAAGUCAUGCGGUUUGAAAACUUUCCGAAUACACUACAUGUACUCUCUGUCACAAAAAACGUUGGACUCUUCUGAUAUUCCAAAUUGGUGCCAUAGUACUGAAACUCAACUCAUUUAACAUACUGAGAACUUUAUUUUGAAUCUUUAAUGUAGUUACUUAGAAUUUAUUUUAACAUGCUAACAGGAACAGAUGUAGUUAUGAGAUACAUUUUGACCCAUGGCCUUUCAAAUGUAUUAUUUUGGUCCUUUGAAAUAAAGGAUUUUUGAAAUCACAUUGAUACUUUAAUAUUAUUUGACAAAUGUGUUCAAGCGAGUUUUGUCUUUAAUAAAGGUUUUUGGCAUACA